AUGAAUUUCUUUGUAGUGGGCAUCAUUUGCACAUUUCUACAAUUCAGUUACCAAAAAUCCCCAAGUCACCAGACUCUCCUGCCAAACAUUCUGGUUGUAGAGGUGGAUGGUUCUUUGGGCCAGCAACCUCUGAACUGCCUGGAUUCUGCAGAGGAGCUGAUGAGGAGAGAUGACAAGGGUCAGGAUAUAUUUUGGAAGAAGAAUGGAGUGGAGGAAACACAGAGAGGGAACUUGUACAUGAUAACGCUGGAGGGUAGCUUAGGAGGGGGCAACUACACCUGCUACAACAAGGAUGGAUCAUUCCUCAAUUACACUGUGGUCCUGAUUCAAGAAGACCAAACCAAGAUGAGGAAGAUUCUGGUGAAAAGAGACGAAGAGGAUUAUUUAAAGUGCUCUGCUCAGAAUUACAACGGAGAGUUCGGCUGCUCUUGGACAUGGCACAGAAGUCGAGUUGGGAAAGUAACAUUUAUCAGAGCUCGACGUAUUUCCGAUGACGGUGACACCCAGUGUUCUGUGGAUACGAGUGGUCAGCACUGGACAUGCUCUUCCAGUCACAGAAACUUCAGCUGUUCAGUGGACAGGGCAGGUAACUGGAUCUCCUGCCUGGAUGAGCAGCAUUGCCCCUACGCUGAGGAGAGCCAGCCAAUCCACAUCACUGUCUAUGUGAAGACAGAACUUUUCCUGGUGGAGCACUACUCUAAACACUUUCAUCUGUCAAAGAUAGUGAAACCUGACAAGGUGGAAAUCAGUAAGAUCAAUGCAACGAUGAUAAAAUGGACUUACCCAAGCUCCUGGAGCAGUCCCUACUCCUACUUCCCCCUUACUUUCCAGAUUACACAACUCAGGAGGGGAUGCAAAAGGUGUAGCAACCCAUGCACUGACUCAAAAGCCAUAAAGACCUUGACAGUCCACUCUACAGACGUGUGUAGCUUUGAGGUCAAGCGCAAAGCUAAGACUGUCUGCGUCCGAGCUAAGGAUGCUCUUUAUAACUCACAAUGGAGUGAGUGGAGCUUCUUCAGGUCAGUGCCUCUCGACUGAGUGGUCAUUUCUCUUCUCCCGCUCACCCGAUGCCCUCAGUAUGUAUUUGCCUUUUGCAAGUUCAUUCUCUUCCUGCCUGCACAUACUAGUCAUAGUUUUCUGAUUUUCUGUUGUGCCUCAAAGCCUUCUCUACCUGUUUGUCU